AUUGAUGAAAAUAUUUGUGUACAAUUUUGUUUCCCGCAUAGCUUGUGUCAUUGUGUGACAAAACGCAGAUAGGUUGAAGAAAGAAAAGCGAAGUGAGAGCGAGGGUUACAAUGUUGGGUGACGCCACGAACUGGAACGAAGACUUGUACAGAGAAACCGUAUUAAAGGAAAGAGAAAUUCAAACCCAAACCGUUUUCAGAACUGCUUGGUCCCCCUCUCAAUCUCAAACCCCUAAUCUCAACUCUCUCAUCGUCGCCUCCAGCGACGGUUCCAUCGCCUCUUACUCCAUCGCUUCCACCAUCUCUGCUUCCAAGCUCAAAAAUCCAUUUGGUUUAAUCAAUGCUGAUACGGAUAGUUUAUUGGCUGAGCCAGAUUGCUUUUUUCAAGCGCAUGGGGGAUCUGCAUAUGAUGUCAAGUUCUAUGGUGAUGAUGAUAAUGCAAUUUUGAUGAGUUGUGGUGAUGAUGGCCGGGUUCGAGGAUGGAGAUGGAAGGAACUUACAAGCUCUAAAUAUGAUAUUACUUCAGAAGGUCGUAGAAAUAAUAUCAAGCCCGUCCUUGAUGUGGUAAAUCCUCAACACAAAGGUCCUUGGGGUUCACUUUCACCUCUCCCUGAGAAUAAUGCUAUUGCUGUUAAUACUCAGGCAGGAUCUGUUUUUGCUGCGUCUGGUGAUUCUUGUGCGUAUUGUUGGGAUGUGGAAACUGGUAAAUUAAAAACAGUAUUCAAGGGUCACUCUGAUUACUUGCAUUGUAUUGUUGCUCGCAACUCAUCCAAUCAGAUCAUUACAGGUUCAGAGGACGGGACAACACGAAUUUGGGAUUGCAAAACUGGAAAGUGUAUCCAAGUGAUUGAUCCAGCAAAACAUUUGAAGUUAAAAGGACCCAUGUCAUGGGUUGGCUCUGUUGCUUUAGAUGCAAGUGAAAGCUGGUUGGCAUGCGGUAGUGGACGUAAUAUAUCACUUUGGAACCUUCCUGCCUCAGAGUGCACAUUAAAAUUUUCCACUCAAGCUUCUGUACAAGACAUGUUAUUUGACAAUAAUCAAAUUCUGACAGUUGGCGCGGAUCCUAUACUUAAUCGCUUUGACAUGAACGGUGAAAUCGUUUCACAAAUACCAUGUGCUUCUCCAUCAGCUUUUUCUAUCUCUUUACAUCCAGCAGGGGUUAUUGCGGUUGGAGGUUACGGAUGUCUUGUGGAUGUUAUCUCGCAAUUUGGCAGCCACAUGUGCACAUUUCGUUGCCAAUGUGUUUAGAAAAUGUUGCAAUGCGCAAUAUAGUCUGAAUUUCGAAGCUUGGAGCCCAGAGCCAAAACAACAAAAUGGCUUCUAACUCAAUGAAUAUCAAAGAUUACAUGGAUUUACAACAAAUUGCCGGUAGAUACGUAGUUAUUUCCUCAGGGCACAUUUAAAGUGUAUCUAAUCCAAAGGCUGGCCAGGGUAAUUUUUUUUAUGAGGGAACCAAAUACAGUAUGUCUUAAUUGUAAUAUACUGUAUAUGAAUUUGAAUAUCUAAUGAGGAGUAUUGUAUAAAUAUUGUUCUAUAAA